AUGGCAGCCAGUGAAGUGGCUGUAGGUAUCAUCUUCUUGUCACAGACUGUGGUUGGAGCUCUGGGCAAUUCCUCUCUUCUCCUCCAUUACCUGGUCCUUUACUUCACUGGGUUCAGGGUAAGACACACAGACUUGAUUCUUCAGCACUUGAUUGUGGCCAACUUUUUAACUCUCCUGUGUAAAGGGGUUCCCCACACAAUGGCAUCUUUCAGUUUGGAAUUUUCUCUUGGUGAUGUUGCAUGCAAGCUGCUUUUCUAUGUUCACAGAGUCAGCAGGUGUGUGUCCAUUGGCAGCACGAGCCUCCUGAGUAUCUUCCAGGCCAUCACCAUCAGCCCCAGGGACUCCAGGUGGGCAGAGCUUAAAGUGAAAACUCCCAGGUACAUUGGCUCCUCCAUAUUCCUGAGCUACAUACUAUACAUGUUUAUAAAUAUUAUUAUUCUUAUGCAUGUAACUGGAAAAUGGAACAAUACAACCAUUAUAAUCCUAAAGGAUUUUGGAUACUGUUCUAGUGUUCGUCAUGACACAACCACAGACUCACUGUUUGCAGCAUUGCUAACCUUCCCUGAUGCCCUGUGUGUGGGGCUCAUGCUCUGGGCCAGCAGCUCCAUGGUGCUCAUCCUGCACAGGCACAAGCGGAGAAUGCAGCAUGUUCAUAAGACCAGCUCCCCCAGGUCCUCUCCUGAGUCCAGAGCCACCAAAACCAUCCUCCUUCUGGUGAGCACCUUUGUCUCUUUGUACACACUUUCCUGCAUCUCUCAGCUGUGUUUGGCUGUUAUUGAUAACCCCAACUUGUUCCUGUUGAACAUGGGUGCAAUACUCUCUGGGUGUUUUCCAGCGAUCAGCCCCUUACUGCUCAUAAGCAGAGACUCCAGUGCAUCCAGGUUUUGUUUUUCCUAUAUAUAA